AAGCGGCCGCUUCUAGUAACCACGGAGACAUGGACCGACCGCGCUUUCUUCGCGUCCCGCCCGGGGAACCAUGGGAUAGCGAGGUAGAGGGGCGGUUGCCAGGUAACGGGAGGACUCUCUGGAGAGCGAAGAAAUUCCUGUCGCUUCCCCCCCCCUUUAAUGCGAAGAAGUAGGGACGUUCCGACAUCCCGGCGCCUCCCCGCGACCUUUUGAACGCAUUCCUCUUUGCAAAGGGAAUGAUGCCUAAAAGGGUGUCAUUGCCAUCUAUUCAGUCUACUCCACAACCAUCAGAUACUGCGACUGGCAGAAGUGAGCAAGCUAGUUCAAGUGAAGAACGCUCAUCUUCAUCUGGGAAAAAUUCUGUUUCAAGAAAUGAAUUAAAAAAGAGACUGGUUAGUGCAGCUCCAAAACAGAUGGCAGCAAAUACUGAAGCUCUGAAAUUUGAACAUAGUACAAAAUCACAAGAAAGAACCAGAAAGCGACAGCAGCCCAUAAAACUGGAGCCUUUGCCUGCAUUAAAAUUGCAUCAGUACCACAAGCAACCUGAGUAUAUAUACCAGCAGAACAGGGAGAAGUUAAUCGCUUCUGGAGUAUUGCAACCUACAACUUCAGCAGAGAAACGAAAAUGGGCUGCUGCUAUGGAACCAGUAUUAGCUGAGGUUCAUGAAGAGUUAAGAGAAGGACAGUUUCUGAGUGUCAAGGUACGACUUCCCACUCCUCCUAAACAGCCACGUGGUGUGGUAAAAUUAAGUGCUUGCAUACCAAGCUCUACUCCACCUACUUGUAGAUUUAAUGAACCGGAAGAUGUAAUUAAAGCUAAUAUUACAGAACCUCUACAAAUUGUAAAAAUAAUAUGUGACAACAAAAAUCUUGGAUUCCUGUACAUGAGUCCUGCAGUGCCUAGGUCGUCAAUUGAUUAUGACACUUUUAACUUGAAAAUUGUUAGUUAUGACUGCAUUAACAAAAACGACUACUACACUAUUAGCCAGAAAGCCGUUAUUCAUACGUGUAAUGGAGAGGUUGAAUAUAUGGAACUUGAACGCUGGGAGCAGGAAUAUUUAUAUCACAGAGCACUUUAUAGAAUUACUAUAUUUGCUAUAUUUCGUAAAUGGAAGUCCUUUAACGUAUGGAGAAAGAAUGUCCGCUCCAAGAAGAUUAGUUCAUGUCGCAGAGCUUUGCAGAAGAACUUAUUCAUUGUUAAUGCUUGUUUGAGACCAGCGAUACUUAACAUCCAAGAAAUGUGUUAUCGAAUCAAUGACAUGGCACUUUGUCAAGUUGAAAAGGGCUAUAUAUACACCCUGAUGGAAUUUAAAGGUACCCAGUUCAACCAGCUAAAAGAAGUGGCAUCUCAUCUGUCAGAAUUCAGGGAAUUAGCUAAAGAAGUGGUUAGAGGUGCAUGUCGCACUGCACUGCUUGAGUCUGGUUUCACUCCUGAUGAUUACUUUUAUGCAACAGAGAGUACAGAACAGGUAACAAUGGUAACAACAAGACUACCUACUGGAAGUGCCACUAUGCCUCGUGUUGACAAAGAUGUUUAUGGUGAACAAGUUGAAAAAAUGACAUACACAGAACAGGCUAACAAAAGGGCACAGUGUGGAAGGCUGACAUGCUUUAUCCGUCUUGCUGACUACCUUAUAGUGAACACUAUGCAUGUCUUGGCAGUAAAAUCUGUCACUGCUCUUUUGAAUUACCUCACUGAUAAGUUGAAAAAGACACCUCCUUCAGAGGUCAUUCAGAAGUGGAACACAGAAGAAGGAGCUGAAGUUGCAGAAAAGAAGGGAACUUCAGUGGUUGUAGGAACAGAAGAAGACGAGUCAUUUGUUCCCAUGUUUCUUGCAGAGCUAAUUUUAGAGAUCCAUGCUCUAUUAUUUGAACCAUCUGUGGAUGAAUUCCAGGAUGGAAUGACAGACAUUGUGACGCAGUUUCAGGCAACUGUGUUAUCUGUUGCCAACCUUGUUCCUGAUCGAUACUUUGAUGCUUUCACUCGUCCUGUUAUUAACAACAAAAUUGAAGAAAAAACAUGUGGCGAAGGACCAAGCUUAGCAAUAAUGUUUAAGGAUGAUAAACAUCUCCAAAACAUUAUCUUAAAAAUAAAGGAAACAAUCUAUUCAGCAUUUGAAGCAACCAACUUGUAUGCAGCUACUUUUGAAAAGUUUCGUACAUUUUUUAGAGAAAAUGAAAGCCUUGACUUGGAAGCUCUGAAGAAAGAGGAACCUGAUGUUAAAUUCUUUGCUGAUCAACUGGAGAAGUAUCACAAACAACAUAAAGAAGCUUUGGCCAUAAGACAGAAGAGAAACCUAGGCUUGUUCCUCAUAGAUGCCAAAAAGCUGAAAGAUAAACUUAUUCCAUCACCAAAGCGCUGUUUGGAGGUUAUUAAUGAAAUGCUUCCCAUAAUUGCAAAGAAAAAAGUGACUACCAUUCUUCUUGAGGCAAAUGAUGCUAAAUUUAAACUUGAGUUUCUUCCAACUACAACAACAGAAUAUGUGUUUAGUUUGACGUUCCUUGAUGAAAUACAAGAUCGGAUUGAAAUUCUUGAAGAUGAAUCAAAAGUUGUAACAAAGAUGUAUCAACUUAUUGAACUAUAUACAGUACCAGCUCCUCCUGAAGAUUUUGCUCUGUUUUCAAGUCUGAAACCAUCCAUCAUUGCUGUACGCAAUGCAAUUGACAAAUCUGUAGGUGAAAGAGAUGCCAGCAUUGUUAAGUUCUGUCAACUUUUAGACCAAGAUGUUCACGAACUAAAUGAAGAAGUGAAAGAAGUUAAACACCAAGCUCAGGAUCCUCAGAUUUUGGAUAUUGAUGCUGACCAAGACAGAGUGAGACAAGUUCUAGCAGAGAUGCAAACCAUUCUUGAUGAUCUACAGAAACGUGCAUUUCAGUAUAAAUCCUUUCAGAAGAACUUCAAGGUGGAAAUGACAAAAUUUGAUGCUCUGGAGGAAGUUUGUGCAGAGCUGAAAUUGAAACAACUGUUAUGGGAUUCUCUAUGUGAAUGGUCAAUACUUGAAGAAGAUUGGAUGGAGUGUAAAUUUGAUAGCUUGGAUCCAGAACUGUUGAAUACUCAAGUUUCAAAGUAUUCUAAAUUUGUCCAUCAGUUGGAAAAGGGUUUGCCACCUAAUAAUGUUGUUCCACAACUCAAGGUGAAGGUGGAAAGAAUGAAAGAAAAGCUUCCUGUCAUCACAGACCUUAGGAACCCUUUUUUGAAACCUAGACACUGGGCAAUAAUAGAACAAAUAGUUAAUGCACAAUUAAUAGACAUGGAAAAUCCAUUAACCUUGGAGAGACUUAUUCAGAUAAAUGCUUUUGACUACACCCAGGAGAUUCAAGAUGUUUCUGGACAAGCUUCAGGAGAAGCUUCCUUGGAGACAAUUCUCAAAAAGGUGGAAGAUGCUUGGAAAACAAUAGAAUUCAUUGUUCUUCCUCAUCGUGAUUCAAAAGAUGUUUUUAUUCUUGGUGGCACAGAUGACAUUCAGGUCAUUCUAGAUGACAGUACUAUCAAUGUGGCAACAAUAGCCUCUUCACGAUAUGUAGGCCCUCUGAAGGCACGAGUUGAUGAAUGGCAAAAGCAACUGUCUUUAUUCAGUCAGACAUUGGAAGAAUGGCUGACAUGUCAGAGAAACUGGCUCUACCUGGAAAGUAUUUUCAGUGCUCCUGAUAUUCAGAGACAGUUGCCAGCAGAAGCCAAGAUGUUCUUGCAGGUGGACAAGUCCUGGAAAGAAGUUAUGAGAAAAGUUAAUCGUCUGCCUAAUGCCCUCAGAGCAGCUACUCAGCCUGGCCUUUUAGAAACCUUCCAGAAUAACAAUGCACUUCUUGAUCAAAUUCAGAAGUGCCUGGAGGCCUAUUUGGAGUCCAAGAGAGUAAUCUUCCCCAGAUUUUACUUUUUAUCAAAUGAUGAGCUCUUGGAGAUUUUGGCUCAGACUCGCAAUCCUCAAGCUGUUCAGCCUCACUUAAGGAAGUGCUUUGAUUCAAUCUCUAAAUUAGAAUUUGCCUUUAUGGCUCCAGCCGAAGGAGAAGAAAAAGUUCUCACCAACGAUAUUUUAGCAAUGCUGUCACCUGAAGGUGAGAGGGUUAGCUUAGGGAAAGGGCUUAAAGCCAGAGGAAAUGUUGAAGAUUGGCUUGGUAAAGUUGAAGAAGCAAUGUUCACUUCCCUUAGACGCUUGAGCAAAGCUGCUAUUACUGAUUAUCAGACCAAGGAAAGAGUUGAAUGGGUUGUUGCUGGCCAUCCCUCUCAGGUUGUGCUGACCAUUUCUCAGCUGAUGUGGUGCCGUGAUCUGACCCAGUGUUUAGAAGGAGAUGAACAUGAUCAUUUAGAAGCUUUGGAAGAAUUUGAAAAUGAAAACUUUGACAGAUUAAAUGCAUUGGCUUCACUAGUCCGUGGCAUCCUUCCCAAACUGCACAGAAAUAUCAUAACAGCACUCAUAACUAUCGAUGUGCAUGCAAGAGACAUUGUUACUGAACUUGUAGCACAAAAGGUAGAUUCUGUUGACAAUUUUGAUUGGCAAAGGCAAUUGCGUUACUAUUGGGACCUUGAUCUGGAUAACUGUGUGGCUAGAAUGGCUUUAUCCCAGUACACUUAUGGCUACGAAUACUUGGGAGCAUGUCCCAGAUUAGUGAUAACCCCACUCACGGAUCGUUGUUACCUCUGCCUUAUGGGAGCAUUGCAACUUGAUCUAGGUGGAGCCCCAGCUGGACCUGCUGGCACUGGCAAAACAGAAACCACUAAAGACCUUGCAAAAGCACUUGCGAUCCAGUGUGUUGUAUUUAAUUGUUCAGACGGUUUGGAUUACAAGAUGAUGGGACGUUUCUUCAGUGGCUUGGCACAGUCUGGAGCAUGGUGCUGCUUUGAUGAAUUUAACAGAAUUGAUAUUGAAGUUUUAUCUGUUAUUGCUCAACAAUUGAUUACUAUUAGGAAUGCUAAAGCUGCUAAGCUCACUCGGUUUAUGUUUGAGGGACGUGAAAUAAAAUUGGUUAUGACCUGUGCAGCCUUCAUUACAAUGAAUCCUGGCUAUGCUGGACGAACAGAAUUACCUGACAAUCUAAAAGCACUUUUCAGACCAUUUUCAAUGAUGGUUCCUAAUUAUGCUUUGAUUGCUGAGGUUAUUUUGUAUUCUGAAGGAUUUGAGUCAAGUAAAACACUUGCAAGGAAGAUGACUCAAAUGUACAAACUGUGUAGUGAGCAGCUUUCUCAACAAGACCACUAUGAUUUUGGAAUGAGGGCUGUCAAAUCUGUCUUGGUCAUGGCUGGGUCACUAAAGAGAGAGCAUCCAAAUUUGAAUGAGGAUGUUGUAUUAAUAAGAGCAUUACGAGAUUCCAACCUCCCAAAAUUUCUUGCAGAUGAUGCUCUUUUGUUCAGUGGAAUUAUAUCUGACCUUUUUCCUGGAGUCAUAAUACCAGAGCAUGAUUAUGGAGUGCUACAGUCAACAAUAAUAGAUGUCACGCUUUCCAAAGGAUUACAAUCCGAAGCUACCAUGGUUCAUAAAGUCAUACAACUUUAUGAAACAAUGUUGGUAAGGCAUGGUGUCAUGCUUGUUGGACCAACAGGAGGUGGAAAAACAACAGUUUACCAAAUUUUGGCAGAUAGUCUUGGAGCUUUACAUGAAGCGGGUGAAGAAAAUCCUUUCUACCAGCCUGUUAAAACAUAUAUUCUAAAUCCUAAAUCAAUUACAAUGGGUGAACUUUAUGGUGAGGUUAACAAUUUAACCCUGGAGUGGAAAGAUGGCCUGAUGGCUCUUAGUGUUCGAGCUGCUGUGGUUGACACCUCUGAAGAUCACAAAUGGAUCAUCAGCGAUGGACCUGUGGAUGCUUUAUGGAUUGAAAACCUGAACACUGUUUUGGAUGACAAUAAGAUGCUUUGUUUGGCUAAUAGUGAAAGAAUCAAGCUCACACCAUCCAUUCAUAUGCUGUUUGAGGUGGAAGACUUGAGGGUUGCCUCACCUGCCACAGUUAGCCGAUGUGGAAUGGUAUACAUUGAUCCUGAAGAACUGAAGUGGAUCCCCUAUGUAAAGACGUGGAUGGCAGGCCUUGAAGACAGACUCAAUGAGGAGACAAGAACAUACUUGUUUGAAUUGUUUUGCCGUUAUGUUGAAGAUGGUCUAAAAUAUGUUCACAAAAAGUGUUCACAAGCUAUAUCACAAGUGGAUAUCAGUAAAGUUACAGCUCUCUGUUGUUUAUUGGAAUCACUGCUUCUUGGAAAGGGAGGUCCCAGUAUGAAAUUGGAACAGUCAAGGUUAAAUUCUCUCAUUUGUCAAACUUUUGUUUUCUGUUAUUUGUGGUCAGUUGGUGGAAAUUUAACUGAAAACUAUUGGGAUGGUUUUGAUACAUUUAUAAGACAGCAGUUUGAGGAUAAUCCAGAUGCUAAGCUUCCAAGCUCUGGUGAUUUGUGGAGUGUUUACAUUGAUUUUGAUACAAAGCGACUGGAUCCUUGGGAGCGAAUUAUACCUACAUUUAAAUACAGCCAUACUGUACCAUUUUUUGAAAUGCUUGUUCCUACCACCGAUACUGUGCGCUAUGGCUUUCUUAUGGAAAAAUUGCUUGCUGUCAAACAUUCUGUGUUGUUCACGGGGAUAACUGGGGUUGGCAAGUCUGUAGUUGCAAGAGCACUGCUAAACCGAAUACAAGAUGAAGCUGGUUAUGUUCCUGUUUACCUGAAUUUCUCUGCUCAGACUUCAUCUGCCAGGACACAGGAGAUUAUUGAAUCUAAAUUAGAAAAGAAAAGGAAAAAUAUUUUAGGAGCACCAGGGAAAAAAAGAGUUGUCAUUUUUGUGGAUGAUCUAAACAUGCCUAAAUUGGAUCGUUAUGGUUCCCAACCCCCUAUUGAGCUACUACGACAGUACCAGGACUUUGGAGGGUUCUAUGACAGAGAGAAACUGUUUUGGAAGGAAAUACAUGAUGUAACUAUUGCUUCAGCAUGUGCACCUCCAGGUGGUGGACGUAAUCCAGUUACACCACGUUUCAUGCGACACUUCGCCAUGCUGUGUCUUCCAACACCCUCUGAGCAUAGCCUUAAGCAAAUUUUUGAGGCUAUUUUAAAAGGAUUUUUGACUGACUUCCCUACAGCAGUCAAGCAGGCUGCAAAAAGUAUAGUGGAUGCUGCUGUUGAAAUAUAUCAAAGAAUGAGCAUUGAUCUUCUCCCAACUCCAGCAAAAUCCCAUUAUGUGUUCAAUUUACGUGAUUUGUCAAAAUGUGUGCAAGGUAUAUUGCAAUGUAACCCUGUGUCAGUUCGAGACCAGUUGCAGAUAUUCAGGCUGUUCUGUCAUGAGUGCCAGAGGGUUUUUCAUGACCGUCUCAUCUGUAGUGAAGAUAAACAAUAUUUUUAUUCCAUAUUAGCUGACAUGGCUAGCAAACAUUUUGGAGUCUCAGUUGAUCCAGACUCUUUUGUGUCUAAACCAAUCAUAUUUGGUGACUACAUAAAGAUUGGAAUUGAAAAAGCGGAUCGACUUUAUGAAGAGCUAACUGAUAUGGAUAAGAUUAUGGGAGUUCUACAAGACUAUCUGGAUGAUUAUAAUAUAACAAAUUCUAAGGAAGCAAAGCUGGUAUUCUUUCAAGAUGCCAUAGAGCAUGUUUCAAGAAUUGCUCGGAUGAUUCGCCAGGAAAGAGGAAAUUCCCUUCUUGUUGGAGUUGGAGGGACAGGCAAGCAGUCUCUAACUAGACUUGCCUCUCACAUAUGUGGCUACAAAUGCUUUCAAAUAGAACUAAGUCGUGGUUAUAAUUAUGACAGUUUUCAUGAAGACCUUAGGAAACUAUAUAAAAUGGCAGGGGUAGAAGACAAAGAUAUGGUUUUCCUUUUUACCGACACACAGAUUGUUGUAGAGGAAUUUCUAGAAGAUAUAAACAAUAUUCUGAAUUCUGGAGAGGUGCCUAAUCUGUUUGAAAAGGAUGAGCUGGAGUUUGUUAUGGCAGCAACCCGACCCAAAGCAAAAGAAGCUGGUAUAGCGGAGGGCAACAGAGAUGAGGUAUUUCAGUACUUUAUUAAUCGAGUCCGCCAGAAGCUACACAUUGUUUUGUGUAUGAGCCCUGUAGGAGAUGCUUUCCGAGCACGGUGUCGAAUGUUUCCAUCACUUGUGAAUUGUUGUACUAUUGAUUGGUUUGUGCAGUGGCCCAAAGAAGCACUUCUUUCUGUAUCAAGGACUUUUUUUAUGCAUGUUGACCUUGGAAGUGAUCGCAUGAAAGAAAAACUUUCCAUAAUGUGUGUAGACAUUCACAUGAGUGUGACAGAGAUGGCAGAGCAGUACUAUGCUGAGCUCCGACGGCGCUACUAUACUACACCCACUUCUUAUUUAGAGUUAAUCAAUCUUUACUUAUCCAUGCUAAGUGAAAAAAGGAAGCAGCUGGUUUCGGCUCGAGAUCGUGUAAAGAAUGGCUUAACUAAACUAUUAGAGACAAACGUACUUGUUGAUAAAAUGAAGUUAGACCUGUCAGCUUUGGAGCCAGUCCUCAAGGAGAAAUCAGUGGAUGUUGAGGCACUGAUGGAAAAAUUAGCAGUGGAUCAAGAAAAUGCAGAUCAGGUUCGGCGUGUUGUUCAAGAAGAUGAAGCUAUUGCAAAAGUAAAAGCAGAGGAAACUCAGGCAAUAGCUGAUGAUGCUCAGCGUGAUUUGGAUGAAGCACUUCCAGCUUUAGAGGCUGCCAACAAAGCUCUUGAUUCUUUAGAUAAAGCAGAUAUUUCUGAAAUCAGAGUUUUCACUAAACCACCGGAUCUUGUAAUGACAGUGAUGGAAGCUAUUUGUAUUCUUCUAAAUGCAAAGCCUGACUGGGCAACAGCAAAACAGCUUCUUGGAGACUCCAAUUUCCUGAAAAAGCUUUUGGAAUAUGAUAAAGAAAAUAUAAAGGGUCAAAUAUUGCUUAAGCUUCAGAAAUAUAUGAACAAUCCCGAUUUUGUGCCAGAAAAAGUAGAGAAAGUAUCGAAGGCAUGCAAGUCUAUGUGUAUGUGGGUGAGAGCCAUGGAUUUAUACUCUCGAGUUGUCAAGGUUGUGGAGCCCAAAAGGCAGAAGUUAAAUGCUGCACAGGCAGAGCUUGAUGCGACUUUGGCUACCCUUCGAGAUAAACAAAAAAAAUUGAGACAAGUGGAAGAGCAAAUACAGGAAUUACAAGACCAAUAUGAGAAAAGCUUAGAUGAAAAAGAGGCUCUUGCCAGGACAAUGGCACUGACUCAAGCUCGCCUUAAUCGAGCCGGAAAACUUACAGCUGCAUUAGGAGAUGAACAGGUCCGAUGGGAAGAGAGUAUUUUAAAUUUUGAGGCAGAGAUUUCAAACAUCACUGGAAAUGUGUUUAUAGCUGCAGCCUGUGUAGCCUAUUAUGGAGCUUUUACAGCACAUUAUAGGCAACUGUUAAUAGAUUGUUGGAUCAAACAAUGCCAGGAUCUAGAUAUUCCUAUUAGUCCUGAUUUCAGUCUCAUAAAUAUUUUGGGAGAUCCUUAUGAAAUUCGACAGUGGAACACUGAUGGAUUGCCACGUGACUAUGUUUCCACUGAGAAUGGCAUUCUUGUUACACGUGGGCGACGCUGGCCACUCAUGAUUGAUCCCCAAGAUCAAGCAAACCGCUGGAUAAGAAACAAAGAAACAAAAAGCGGUUUAAAGAUAAUUAAGCUUACAGACUCUGGUUUCCUGCGCACCCUGGAGAAUGCUAUUCGUCUAGGGUUACCUGUUCUUCUAGAAGAGCUUAAGGAAACACUUGACCCAGCUCUGGAGCCAAUUCUUUUGAAACAGACUUUUGUUUCUGGUGGAAGAGUGCUCAUUCGCCUUGGAGAUUCUGACAUUGAUUACGAUAGAAACUUUAGGUUCUACAUGACGACAAAAAUGCCAAAUCCACACUACUUGCCCGAGGUGUGUAUCAAAGUAACAAUUAUCAAUUUCACUGUUACUAGAUCUGGCCUGGAAGAUCAACUGCUAAGUGAUGUGGUGCGACUAGAGAGGCCUGAAUUAGAGGAACAAAGAACCCAGCUCAUUGUGAGAAUCAAUGCUGAUAAGAAUCAACUGAAAGCAAUUGAAGACAAAAUUCUAAAAAUGCUUUUUACAUCAGAAGGAAAUAUUUUGGACAAGGAAGAACUCAUCAACACACUUCAAGAAUCAAAGGUUACAUCCGGUGCCAUUAAAGUAAGGCUUGUGGAAGCAGAAACAACAGAGGAAAAGAUAAAUGCAGCCCGUGAAAAAUAUCGCCCUGUUGCUACACGAGGAUCAGUCAUGUAUUUUGUGAUUGCAAGUCUUUCGGAGAUUGAUCCAAUGUAUCAAUUUUCCUUAAAGUAUUUCAAACAGCUAUUUAAUAUCACUAUUGAAACAUCUGAAAAAAAUGAUGACCUGGAAAUGCGACUAGCUAUACUACUUAGUCAGACACUCUAUGCAACUUAUACCAAUGUCUCCCGAGGCCUUUUUGAGCAGCACAAACUCAUCUACAGCUUUAUGCUAUGUAUUGAGAUCAUGCGACAGAAAGAAGAACUUACAGACAUCGAAUGGAACUUCUUCCUCCGUGGAGCUGCUGGUUUAGAUAAGGAGCGGCCUGAGAAACCUCAUAUUCCAUGGCUUGAAGACAAUACAUGGUUUAUGUGCUGUGACUUAGAAGAAACACUUCCAUGUUUUGAGGGGAUUCAAAAGGACAUACUGAUCAAGCACAUUUUCAUUAAAUUAGGACAACUUGAAAUUCAUAUUAACCCAGAACAAUGGGAAGGCUAUAAGUCUGAAACUGAAGGAAGUAAAAAAAAAGAUGACCAACCAUACAUUCCCUGGGAUACUAGACUGACCAUGUUUCAGAAAUUAAUUGUGGUGAAAUGCUUUAUGGAAGAAAAGAUUGUUUCUGCACUUACUGAAUUUGUAAUGGAGAACCUUGGGAAACAGUUCAUAGAGAACCCUCCAGUUGAUCUGGCAACUCUUUACCAAGAUAUGUCUCCUUCCACACCACUAGUGUUCAUUUUGAGUACAGGCUCUGACCCCAUGGGGGCUUUCCAGAGAUUUGCAAAAGAACGAGGAUAUUCAGAACGAGUGCAGUCAAUUUCAUUAGGACAAGGGCAAGGACCUAUUGCAGAAAAAAUGAUUAAGGAUGCACUGAAAUCAGGAAAUUGGGUGUUUCUGCAGAACUGUCAUCUAGCCGUUUCAUGGAUGUUAGCUAUGGAAGAGCUUAUAAAAAGUUUUACAGAGCCAAAUGUCUCUAUCCAUGAAAGCUUUCGACUCUAUUUGAGUUCCAUGCCAUGUAAUAUCUUCCCUGUUACUGUCCUUCAAAAUUCUGUCAAGGUGACUAAUGAACCUCCCAAAGGUCUAAGAGCAAAUAUCAGACGAGCAUUCACAGAAAUGACAGCUUCAUUUUUUGAAGAAAAUAUCCUGGGGAAAACCUGGAGAAAAAUAAUAUUUGGCAUUUGUUUCUUCCAUGCAAUUAUUCAGGAGAGGAAAAAAUUUGGACCUCUUGGUUGGAACAUUUGUUACGAAUUUAAUGACAGUGACAGAGAAUGUGCCUUGUUGAACUUCAAUCUUUAUUGUCAAGAGGGGAAAGUACCCUGGGAUGCCCUUAUAUAUAUAACAGGGGAAAUUACAUAUGGAGGACGAGUUACAGAUGCCUGGGAUCAGAGAUGUCUUCGCACAGUCCUAAGGAGGUUUUUUUCUCCUGAAACAUUAGAAGAAGAGUAUAAAUAUUCAGAAUCAGGUAUAUAUUUUGCCCCAGUGGCCGACAGUUUGCAAGAUUUUAAAGACUACAUUGAAAACCUUCCUUUGAUUGAUGACCCAGAAAUAUUUGGAAUGCACGAAAAUGCCAAUUUAGCUUUCCAGCGUAAAGAAACCAAUACCCUAAUCACUACAAUACUUGAUGUGCAGCCGCGAUCAACUGCUCAAGGAACAGGAAAAAGCAAUGAUGAGAUUGUUGAUGAGCUUGCUACUUCAAUCCUGGCUAAAAUUCCUGAGAAACUUGACAUGGACACUGCUGCAGAUACACUUUUUCACAAGGAUGACAAAGGUCGGAUGGACUCACUCACUACAGUCCUUGGGCAAGAAGUGGAUCGUUUUAAUAAUUUUCUCAGUCUGUUAAGGACCUCUCUACAAACGCUUAACAAAGCUAUUGCGGGUUUUGUAGUGAUGUCAGAAGAAAUGGAGAGAGUGUACCACAGCUUUCUGAACAACCAGGUUCCAGCAUUGUGGGCCAAUGCAGCAUACCCCUCUUUGAAACCUUUAGGAGGAUGGGUGAAAGAUCUCGUGCUAAGGACGGCCUUUUUAGAUUUCUGGCUCAAAAGAGGUCCACCAAAAUCAUUCUGGAUCUCUGGAUUCUUUUUUCCACAAGGAUUUUUGACAGGAACACUUCAGAAUCAUGCUCGAAAAUAUAACUUACCAAUUGAUGAGCUUAGUUUUAACUAUAAUAUCAUCCCUGCCUAUCGAGAUCAAAUACAAGUUGCAGAAGCUUCAAAAACAUGUCAGUUUGGACAUGAAUUGCCAAUGGAUGCUGAGCUGCCGUCUCCUGAAGACGGCGUGUUGGUCCAUGGGAUGUUUAUGGAUGCCAGUCGCUGGGAUGAUGAAGAUAUGGUUAUAGAAGAUGCCUUACCUAGGCAAAUGAACCCAGUGUUGCCGGUAGUGCAUUUUGAGCCACAUCAGAAUUAUGAACCAAACCCAUCCUUGUAUCAUGCACCACUCUAUAAAACCGGAGCAAGAGCAGGAACACUGUCCACCACAGGUCAUUCAACCAAUUUUGUGGUUACCGUCCUACUGCCUUCAAAAAGGCCAAGUGACUAUUGGAUAUCCAAAGGGUCUGCAUUGCUUUGUCAGCUGAAUGAAUAAUUGGGACAUGGCUGAUGUCCACCAACAAGAUGUCUACAUUGUGCUCACACUGUAUGCCAGGUGCAGAGUUGUAACAUGACAUCAGUGUCAUGCUUGUGGUAUUCAUAUGCUGUAUAAUCAGACUGGCAGAAGGCCAUUCCUUUCAGUUGAUUUUUUAAACUUGCUUUAGACUUUAUAAACAAGUUGGAUGAAAUGUUCCUUUCCAGCUGCUCUCUUUUCCUUGUCAUUUAUUCACUUACUAUGUUUAAUGCCUCAGUCAUACAUUUUUAAAGAAAAUCUACCCCUGUAGUAUGUGCAUGUUUCAAAUGAGGAAACAUGUUUUGCAUCAAAAUGAAAACAUUGUGAAUCCUGUGCUAUAAGCUUUUAUAUCUCACUUUCCCUGUGAAUGCAAAUUGAUUAAAAUGGAAAAGGUUCUCAGAAAAAAUAUUGGCAGUCAGCAUUUGAAUGACUGAUUGUUUUGUCUGUAAA